AUGGCCGCGGGUGCUAUUCUUAAAACCACAUAUGCGGUGUUCGCCAUCACCACCUUGGUUCUCAUUGGAACAGGGUUGUUCUACAUGCUUACUGGACAAGGACAUAGAUUUGAUAUCGCCUGGUUCCUUACUUCCACUUCACCUCAUAUGUGGGCUGGUUUGGGUAUUGGAUUUUCUUUAUCCCUCUCAGUUCUCGGAGCUGGAUGGGGUAUUUUCACUACCGGCUCUUCUAUCCUCGGAGGAGGAGUUAAAGCUCCACGAAUUCGUACGAAAAAUUUAGUUUCUAUCAUUUUCUGCGAAGCUGUCGCCAUUUUCGGUAUCAUUAUGGCUUUCGUUUUCGUCGGAAAACUUCAAGAUUUCUCAAGAGAACAACUCGAUCUUAACGAUCCCAACGCUCUCAAUAUCCUUUCAAGAAACCUUGCUGCUGGCUACAUGAUCUUUGGUGGAGGAUUGACUGUUGGUUUCUCCAACUUGGUUUGUGGACUUGCUGUCGGAAUUGUCGGAUCAGGUGCUGCUAUUGCUGACGCUGCUAACCCAGCUCUUUUCGUCAAGAUUCUCAUCAUCGAAAUUUUCGCUUCUGCCAUCGGACUUUUCGGAAUGAUCAUCGGUAUCGUGCAGACUAACAAGGCAACUAUGGGAAAUAAGUAA